AUGACCACUGAAGAUGCCGCUCUUAAGGCUGCUCCUGCCACUGAAGAUGCUGCUCUUAAGGCCGCUCCUGCCACUGAAGAUGCCACUCCCAAAAUUUCUAUUGCCACUGAAGAUGCCGCUCUUAAGGCCGCUCCUGCCACUAAAGAUGCCACUCCCAAAAUUUCUAUUGCCACUGAAGAUGCCGCUCUUAAGGCUGCUCCUGCCACUGAAGAUGCCACUCCCAAAAUUUCUAUUGCCACUGAAGAUGCCGCUCUUAAGGCUGCUCCUGCCACUGAAGAUGCUGCUCUUAAGGCCGCUCCUGCCACUGAAGAUGCCACUCCCAAAAUUUCUAUUGCCACUGAAGAUGCCGCUCUUAAGGCCGCUCCUGCCACUGAAGAUGCCACUCCCAAAAUUUCUAUUGCCACUGAAGAUGCCGCUCUUAAGGCUGCUCCUGCCACUGAAGAUGCCACUCCCAAAAUUUCUAUUGCCACUGAAGAUGCCGCUCUUAAGGCCGCUCCUGCCACUGAAGAUGCCACUCCCAAAAUUUCUAUUGCCACUGAAGAUGCCGCUCUUAAGGCCGCUCCUGCCACUGAAGGUGCCACUCCCAAAAUUUCUAUUGCCACUGAAGAUGCCACUCCCAAAAUUUCUAUUGCCACUGAAGAUGCCACUCCCAAAAUUUCUAUUGCCACUGAAGAUGCCGCUCUUAAGGCCGCUCCUGCCACUGAAGGUGCCACUCCCAAAAUUUCUAUUGCCACUGAAGAUGCCACUCCCAAAAUUUCUAUUGCCACUGAAGAUGCCACUCCCAAAAUUUCUAUUGCCACUGAAGAUGCCACUCUUAAGGCCGCUCCUGCCACUGAAGGUGCCACUCCCAAAAUUUCUAUUGCCACUGAAGAUGCCGCUCUUAAGGCCGCUCCUGCCACUGAAGGUGCCACUCCCAAAAUUUCUAUUGCCACUGAAGAUGCCGCUCUUAAGGCCGCUCCUGCCACUGAAGGUGCCACUCCCAAAAUUUCUAUUGCCACUGAAGAUGCCACUCUUAAGGCCGCUCCUGCCACUGAAGAUGCCACUCCCAAAAUUUCUAUUGCCACUGAAGAUGCCGCUCUUAAGGCUGCUCCUGCCACUGAAGAUGCCACUCCCAGAAUUUCUAUUGCCACUGAAGAUGCCGCUCUUAAGGCCGCUCCUGCCACUGAAGGUGCCACUCCCAAAAUUUCUAUUGCCACUGAAGAUGCCGCUCCCAAAAUUUCUAUUGCCACUGAAGAUGCCACUCUUAAGGCUGCUCCUGCCACUGAAGAUGCCACUCCCAAAAUUUCUAUUGCCACUGAAGAUGCCGCUCCCAAAAUUUCUAUUGCCACUGAAGAUGCCACUCUUAAGGCUGCUCCUGCCACUGAAGAUGCCACUCCCAAAAUUUCUAUUGCCACUGAAGAUGCCGCUCCCAAAAUUUCUAUUGCCACUGAAGAUGCCACUCUUAAGGCUGCUCCUGCCACUGAAGAUGCCACUCCCAAAAUUUCUAUUGCCACUGAAGAUGCCGCUCCCAAAAUUUCUAUUGCCACUGAAGAUGCCACUCUUAAGGCUGCUCCUGCCACUGAAGAUGCCACUCCCAAAAUUUCUAUUGCCACUGAAGAUGCCGCUCUUAAGGCUGCUCCUGCCACUGAAGAUGCUGCUCCAUAA